AUGGCCAACGCUGCGAAGAGAAUCCCUCAUAAUAAAGGAAGAGCUCAAGCAAGGGAAGGAGACGAAGGGAAAAAGCUACUACAAGAAGCUUCGAUCUAUGGAGAUGUGUUGGAGGCAAUCCUCAAUCGCAUGACCUUGCUAGACAUGGUGGCGGCGUCUCGUGUCUCAAAGGAAUGGCGAGGUGCCGUCUCCACCUCCCUCCGGAUAUCUCCCCGUGCCAAGCCCUGGUUUAUUGUCUACGUUCUCCACCAUCGCAACCAUUCCAUCACCUCCGCCUGUGCCUUCGACCCUGCUUCUCGCGUCUGGCUUCGCAUCGACAUCGGCGACCUCCACCACUUCACCACCAACGCCGCCGCCUCCGCAUCCUCAUCCCCAGCACUCCGAUCCUCCCAUUCCCAACAUUUACUCUACAAGAUUUCUGCCGGAAUCUUCUCCUUCUCCUUCGACGCGCUUCACCAAACUUGGCACCAAGCGGAAGCGCCGCAAGUGUGGCGUCAGGACCCCAUCGUCGCGCGCCUCGGCUCUCGCGUCCUCGUUGCCGGUGGAACAUGUGACUUCGUGGACGACCCACUCGCAGUCGAGAUGUACGACACUGGAUCCCAGAGAUGGGAGACGUGUGAGCCCAUGCCGGAACUGCUCAAGGACUCCGCCACCAGCACUUGGCUCUCCACCGCCGCCAGCGACAAUAGGCUCUACCUGCUGGAGAAGCGCUCCCGUCUGAUCUGCUCUUUCGAUGCGGAGACCAAGACCUGGGGACCCACUUUGAAUCUGAUAUUGAGCACCAGCGCACCUGUGGCUGUGUUUCACUCCAUCAUCGGAUUCGCCGGCGACCGGUUGGUCCUGGUGGGUCUGAUUGGCGAACCAGGGGAGUUGCAGGGCCUUGGUCUCUGGGAAGUCGAUCAGGUCACCUACGAGUGUAGAAAGAUUGGAGAAAUGCCAUCGGCGAUGGUAGAGAGUCUAAGGAACGCGAAUUCUCAGAUCUCGACCCCAAGUGCAUCAAUGGAGGGUAAUUUCAUCUACAUCUAUAAUCCUUCGAACCCGGAACAGAUAUUCUUCUGCGAAUUGAACGAGGGGAAGUGCCAAUGGGGUCAAGCCAUGAAUCCCAUGACAAACAUCCGCAGUCGGAUGCACAGAUUCGUGUUCACAUGUUCCAGAGUCGGGAUGGGUGACCUUCAGAAGGGUAUGGCGACUGGGAACAGAAGAUUGACGGUGGAAUCGGAGUGA